CUCACACUAUCUAUCUUUCUCGUUUUCUCUCUUUACUGUUAUAGGGUUAGGGUUUGGUUCUAUCGAUGGCUUCCUCUUCUUCCGAUCCUGGCAAGUCCGAAGCUGGUGGCGGAACGGAGACAUCCGAAGCAGCGAUGCCGAACGAUGAACAAUUACGAUUGAAGAAAGCGAAGAAAGAGAGAGUGUGCACUGCGAAAGAGCGAAUCAGCAAAAUGCCUCCUUGUGUUGCGGGCAAACGCAGCUCCAUAUACCGUGGCGUCACCAGGCAUAGAUGGACUGGUCGUUAUGAAGCACAUCUCUGGGAUAAAAGUACAUGGAACCAGAAUCAGAAUAAGAAAGGAAAACAAGUUUACUUGGGGGCAUAUGAUGAUGAAGAAGCAGCAGCUAGAGCAUAUGAUCUUGCUGCUCUGAAAUAUUGGGGUCCAAGUGCUCUCAUAAAUUUUCCAGUGACUGAUUAUGCAAGAGAUCUUGAAGAAAUGCAGAAUGUUUCAAGAGAGGAAUACCUAGCAUCUUUACGGCGGUAUGCUUUGUGCAGGAAGAGCAGUGGAUUUUCAAGAGGACUAUCCAAAUACCGGGGACUCUCCAGUCGAUGGGAGCCAAAAUAUGGUCGUAUGGCAGGAUUUGACUACGUCAAUAGUAUAUAUUGUGGUAAUGCAGGUGAAGAUUCAGCAGCAGAAACAAAAUAUAUUAGUAGUUUCUGCAUAGAAAGAAAGAUUGAUUUAACAAGUUACAUCAAAUGGUGGGCGUCCUAUAAGAGUCGACAACCGGAUAGUGCAGCAAGAUUUUCAGACGUUAAAAAGCAUGGUUUUGCUGGAGAUAUUUGCUGUGAGCUCAAAACAUUGGAACAAAAAUUCCACACGUCAGAACCAUACCAGUUGCCAGAGUUAGGCAUGCCCUGUAAAGGAAGAAAACAAAAACAUUCUUCAGUAUCUUCUUUAAGUAUCUUGUCACAAUCAGCUGCUUACAAGAAUUUGCAAGAGAAAGCAGCGAAGAGACAGGACAGAAGCAAAGAUAAUGAUGAGAAUGAAAAUAAACAUACCAUAAACAAGUUGGACCAUGGCAGGGCAGCUGAGAAAUCGUCAAACAAUGAUGGUGGCAAUGAAACACUUGAAAUUGCAAUGGGAAUGAGUGGAUCACUGCCUCUUCAAAGAAAUGUUUAUCCAUUGACACAGUUACUGUCCGCUCCACUUUUGACAGCCUACAGUACUGUUGAUCCCUUGGUAGAUCCUGUUCUCUGGACGCCUCUUGUUCCUAUACUUCCUGCUGGCCUUUCCCCUGUAGCCGAGGUUACAAAGACUGAGAGCAGUUCAACGUACACCAUUUUCAGCCAGAGGAGUGAUUAGAUAUCCGAAUUUCUAAUUUAGAAGAAAGGGGCAAGUGUUGAAGAGCUGAGCUUGUAUCAAACAUCAACAUAAGCGUUAGAACUUUGACGUGCUGAGCCAGUGUGGAAUCAGUGGGUUGAAUUAUGCUUGCUUGUAUUAUAUUCGGGUUUUAGAGAUCGGAGAAAGAUAAAAUAUUACCGUGGUUGUACAACAUAGAAUUCCCAUAAAACCUCAUGUAUAUGAAGCUGGACAAAUUUCAUUUUAAGCAAAGGAAUGUUAUGUACAGAAUAAGGAGAGGAAUUAUGUAAUAUUGGUUA